AUUAAGAGUAUUUGAGGUUAAAGUCCCAAGACACAAACAAGUGUAUCGAUUAGAGGAAGAUCCAAUUUAGUGUCCGAAUCAGCAAAUCCGAACCAGUGAGUCAAACUCCAGGGACAAUCUCUCGGGUCAAUCCGAACCAGUGUGCUAAUCGGCAAAUCCGAGCCAGUGAAUCAGUGCAGAUGUGGUUAUUCCACGUUUCUUCUCUCUCUCACACUCAGUCACUCUAGUAGACCCAUUUCAAACCCCUCUCUCUCUUUCAGCAUCUUCCAUGGCGGACAAUGAAGUUGUUCUUCCACGUUUUUUCAAGUUUUUCCUCUCAGUAACGACCUCUGAAUCGAUGUCCAUCCCGACGACCUUCACGGAACAUCUUAAAGAUCCAUUACCAAAGACUGCAAAGCUCCAAGGCACUGGAGGAGGAACUUGGACUGUGAACUUCUCAAGAAUACGCGAGCGUGCGUAUAUCACUGCUGGAUGGUCGAAAUUUGCAGAGGAACAUGAACUCAAGGAUGGUGAGUACUUAACUUUUGUCUACGACGGUGAAUGCACAUUUGAAGUCAGUGUCUAUGGUCGUUGGGGUUGUAAAGAGACAAGAGCUGUGAUGCAAUGGUCGAGCUUUCUGAUUCUGAUGAAGAAGAUACUUCAAUGGCCCGAUGCUUCAGAGACAGGAGUUGUGGUGCAAACGGUCGAGAAUUCUGAUUCUGAUGAAGAGGAUACUUCAAUGGUCGAUGCUCCAGUUGUGGCAGGGAGCUCAAAUUUGGGGGCUAUGACUUCUAUAUUCUUCAAUACUAGACUCAAGAAAAGGAUAUAUGACCUGUUGAUUCCAGCAAACGUGGUGAAUGAGAAUGACCAUGAGCUUAGGUUUGGGGAAAACAUCAAUUUUAUUGAUGAAGAAGGCACUGUGGUAGGAGAAAGAGCAAACUUUGGAGAUGAUAGGAUUUGUUUCAAAGGAUGGGACAGAAUAUGUAGAAGGAACAAGAUUAAAGUGCAAGAUAAAAUUGAAUGCGAGAUGUUUCAUCAUAGGAAGCUCGUUCACUCUGUCAAGAUCCACAUCACACGUGGUUGAGUCUCUCAUCAUCACCAUCACCAUUAUCAUGAGUUCUUAGAUUUAUAGUAUGACUUUUGUUUGUUUUAAGAGUAUUGUGAUUUUCUUUUCUGCUUUUAUAGUAGUAGUACUUUCUUGAAGAACCUUCAUAAACUUAUUAAUGUUUCUGCUGCCAUUUAAAUGCUAAUUAAUUAUG